AUGUCUACUCCGCCGGUCUCCAUCGGCGCCUCGUCGGGCUCAGUCCCGCCAAAUUCGACCAAGAGUCCCGGCACGCGUCGGUCCAUCGAUAUCCUUGCUGCGGAUGAGCAAAUGGCGCUUGCGUCAACGAACAGUCAUCAGGAAAGGGCUGAUGAAUUGCCUCUUUCGCCUGGGAGAUCGAACGCUGCGCAGCCUGUAUCUCGACUGCGCGUCAAAUCCUCGCGGGAAGCUCUGGGUGCCUUAAGCCACCCCACUCCACCAAGCACGAACGGUAGCGCUACCCCCCAGCAGCUUUCGCUCGACUCUCUACCUGGGCCCGCUGCCCACGCCAUGGGAGGCACCGCAAGCGAUACACUAUCCCCUUCAUCUUCGUCUGCCGGACACGCUGCUCCCUUACCGGCGCAAGCAGUGUCCAAUCAUCAGGAGGGGACCUCUGCGGCAUCUAGACGCAUGAACGAUCCCGAACCAGGUACGCUCAGCUCGGUAGCCCCCGCCAUGGAUUCGACAUUGAAAGGAGGCUCGGGGAGGGCCAGACACUGUCACUUCGUGCUGCUGGCGGAAUUCAACAUUGACAAGGGCAGCACGCUUUCCUACCAGUUUCCAGCGCCUCUGGAGCACGACGACCACAUGCUCGCGGAGUUGAUGCUACCUGACGGUGCUCAUGCGAGAGCAGAAGACUGGACCGUCUUCUUCUUGGACGACAAUCGGCCACUCAGAAGCCUGACAGCGAGUCAGAGUAGCACAGAUUCUGACGAGAAGCGGAGGCACAGCAAAGAGCUGAGUGACGCCGACGAAGGCGGUGAGCUCACGCACGUGCUCAAUCUGGUCAGGACGAAGCACGACAACACUGUAAGGAGGUGAGUGGUCGGGAUACGCUUAUAUGCGCUGUCGCUCGUACUGAGGUGCUGCCGACUUGCAACAGAGGUGCGCUUGUGCGAGCUAUGGCCAUUGGCACCUCGCAUCCGUGGAUACAGGUGUUCAAGGUGCGUGUUUUGGCAAGAAUAACCGCCAGCGGGCCAAACUGAUGCGCGCAUUGAUACAUCUUCUGCAGCCGAUCUUACAACUGGCUCUGGACGACUUCUUCGCCAAGCCGCGGGAAGAACCCUUGUCGAAGCUAUAUGAAGCGAUCAACAGCCUGGAUCUCAGCGCCAUGCCCAAGCUGAGCAGAGACGAAAAGCUUAUCCUGAGAGCGAGCGACUCGAGAGAUCUUUUUGCCGAGCGCUUCGAACCUGUCAUCACUCAAGAGGAGAGCGCGCGACCAAGUCUGAAACAGAAAGGCAGCAAAGCAAGCCUCCUCUCGGCUGCAGAUGGCGGCCAGUCUUCAUCAAUAGGGGGUAGAACCGUCCAGCAAACGCCCCCGAUCGUGGAUGUGGACCCUCCAGACGAGUCGGAUUCCUCUGCGCCAGCCGUCGCGAACAGGGUCUUUUUGCCACGCAGGACGAGCGCGGCAUCGCUCAGGCAGCAUUCUCCCAGCUUGCGACGCAAACCUUCUGCUUCAGCGAAAGCUGCUUUGGACAGCCCGGCAGAUCCUGACGCCGCCCCCCUCACCUCGUCGCACUCCAGGCCUAGGAAGGGCUCUUGGUCUGCCGCCACCAUCUUCUCAGGUAUGGCAGGUAACCACAGCAGCGCGUCGGCCUCGGUGACUAGUGCGAGCCAGGGAGCUCUUCCUGUUCGAGACACGCAUUUUUACGAGACCAGCCUUGCUUAUCAAGGCAAGUCGGUGCCACUGCGAAUACCCUUGCACACCUUCCCAGAAGAAGUCGGCGAUGUGAGUCGGAAUCAAUACGGCGCGGUGCAACAUCCCAAGUGCUGACAAGCUCCCCCAUUUAGUACUCUUUGAUGUCGCUGCAUUCGGCUUUUUGUGGGACUUCAUCCGUGCCGAGUGGGCCGAUGCAUGGACAUUUGCACUCCAAUGGCUCCCAGACGCCUGCUUUGAUCAUGCUCUUCAAUGCCGUUGCCACCGGCAAACGCGUCAUCUUUCUGGGCCACGGUCAGCCCGCAAACACCGUUGCAACGCACGUGCUUUCUGCCUGCGCCUUGGCAAGCGGUGGAGGUGCUGUCUUUCGUGGCUUGACUCGAAGGGCCUUUCCUUACUGCAACCUGGGCAUGAUGGACGAGCUGGAGCGGACGUAAGUGACCGCAGCCCAUGCCUGGCAAGGCCUCGAACGCUUACAGGCAUUCACACCGUCAUUCAGCCCCGGCUACAUCGCAGGUGUCACGAAUCCACGCUUCGAGGAUCUGCACGCUUGGGACGUUCUGUACAACACGGACACCGGAAAGGUCACGGUCGCAAAGGAUGUCGAGCCAGCUCCACCCCUGCGACCCCAUCUUCCACCACAGCCCUCGAGAGGAACGUUUUCAAGCGGGAGCAUUACUAGCAUGGCUGGUAGCACGGGCUUAGGUCACGAUGCGCUGGUGUCUGGUGCUGCAUCGAGUGACUAUGGCGAGUAUGGCUCUCAGAUCUUGGGCGGAACCAGCAGUCAUACGUCUUCCGCCUUUGUAGGCGGCUCCAGCAUCAAGAGCGGUUCUAGCAAAGAUCGGACCGGGGUGAACAUAGAGGCCAGACCAGAUGCACAAGACCUUCUGUUCAUCGAGGAGCUGCAGAAUGCGGCUGCGGCUCGCUGCGGAGAUCGAUAUCUUCUGGCACGCUGGACCGACUUCGCGUUUUCGUUUGCUCGCGCAGUAGCAAAGCAUCAAGAGCAGUUCUAUGGUCAUAUCACCAUUGGUCUUCCGCCAAGCCAGCCGUUUCUGAAUGCACAGCUCGGCAGCGGCGCAGUCUACCCAGACAGAGACACAGAGCUCAAGGAGAUCUCCGCCAACAAUAUGCGCGCUGCGGGCUGGCUGACAACUGAUGCGUGUCGCUUGUUUCGUGCUGUGAGUUUUCGAACGCUAUCUGCUUUGUCUGAGCAGUCUUUGACUUUUUCCAACACCUCCUGAUCGCUCAGGACGAGAUUCGCAGCGAUUCACUGAGGGCAAUUGUCGGUUACGAUGUGCAACAUCAAGUGCAGAGGCUGAAGCGUGCACGGCACAUGUCUGCCGCUGAGGCGGAGCUGAUCUUUGUCACACUAAGCAGCACUAUUCGAACACCCCAGCAGAUCACGGAGGUGAGCGAUUGAUUUUGAACAAGCUCAGAUGUGGAGCUUACUCGGAUUCGUCAUGUUCGUAGUUCUUGGCAUUGCAUGCGCCGCAUACAGGCAGUCUUUCGUCGAUUGCAGUGGGCCUAUUGCAUCCUUCCAGCACUGUCAGAGGAGCGUCGGUCGAGCUUUUGAGCUCAUUGUGCACUACUUCGCUUGGACGCAAAUUUGUUCAAAGCUUGAACAUCUUUCACCGUCUAGCCUUCGCUAGGCAAUUGACGGAACGCGAGCGAGCGCAUGGAUUGACUGCGUCGCACUCGAGUGGCGUGGAGGUCCAGGAUCGAAGUGCUCUCAGGCUCUCCGUCAUGCCAGUCACUCCCUUGACGCCCGGAUUUACGGGCGGAGCUCCGUUCUCUCGGACGGUCUCGGACAGCUACGGAGGGUCGACUAGCUGGUCGAGUGGUGCUGCGAGUCUCCAGCGGCCGAGGGAGGGAUUACCUCGAGCCUCAAAUGGUUCGUCUGUUUACAGCACAUCUGUACCCACCGACGCUGGGUUGCUGGAUCGCACGCCCAAGAGCAGCGCGAGUGGCAGCAUCGACCCCUAUCCACUCAUCUCGACACCAGAGGGCGCAUAG